AUGCGCGCCAAAAAGAACCUGAGCGACAAAGAUCGGCGAGCCAUCAUACAGCAGCUAAUGGCACACUUGGUCGACGACAAGAAGCUCAUUCACGGAGCUCUCAACAAAAUCGCUCUAGAGUUCGGAGUUCACAGAGACGUGUCAUCGAGAAUAAAAGGCCGCAGCGGUCGGAACCUCAAACACCAGAAUGUCGCCGAACGGAUGAAAGCAAUACCCAAAGCAUCGCGAACGACCUUUUCGUUCUAUCGCCGUAGCAAUGG